UAUUCGCUCCACAGAGGGUGAGAAUGGAAACGUGAUCGAAAAGGUAGAAGAAGUAAAGGAAAUACAAAGGGAGGAAGAGAAAGUCUCAGGUCUGUGCUGUCAGCCCAGGAAUUACACAUCCGAAACAUUUUCUCGCAAACUUGGUGAGAGUUGUCGUUACCGGCGCGCCGACUGAGCUCGAGGUGGGAACAAGCGGAGAAAAAAAAAUCUCCGGCAUGUUGGACUCCCGCUUCCCUCGCGCUGGCGGCCCGGGAAUCACGCGCCAUUGAAGGGGGGUGAUAUUGUGCAUGCGCUUUGGCUCCACUGCGUGCACGCUCGGGUCGGUCGAUGCGAGCACACUGGCGUGGCUCUCGGCCUCCAUUUGCCAGUUUGUGUUUAUCUUCGAGGGAUUCACCGAGGCCCUAUCAACGGCGACGACGACGUGCAACAGUUGGAGUUUCACCGUGAACGUUGUUAUGAUAUCGCCCCCGUAGGCCACGAGGUAUUCAACCGAUGUUCAAAGGUAUCUAAUGAAGUGGGGCGACAACAGCCAUACAUGAUGCCUGCCACAGACUCUGAACUCGCAUCAAUGGAAGACCCUUGUGCAAUGGAGGAUGAAGAGGGGAGUUUGACUAACAUCCCCUCCGCAGUUCCUCCUACUACCGUCCCUUCCUCAACUCCUAAUUUCCCUAGUGAGACUGUGAUUGAGACCAAAGCUGUCUCCAUGGCAAGUAAUGACUGCAUAUCGGCUUGGUCUUCACCUGCUGAAGCUAGCCCAGCCAAGCCUGCUGUAAUGUCCCCUACUACUUUUGAUGGGACAGUUGAAGCAAGCCCAGCUACCUCACAUAUAGCAUCGGCGUCAGACUCCCUAAAAUGUACAGGGACGACAAGCAUUGUCAACAUUUCAGAAUCACCACCAUCGUUGCCUGUAUUGCCAUCUUCCACGUUUGGCAGUCCAGACCUGGAAAAUGACUUUCCACCUGUGCUGACCUUCAAAGGUGUCAGUGUCACUCUGGAGAAUAACAGUGUGUGGAAGCAGUUCUACAGCUGUGGGACUGAGAUGAUUCUCACUAAAUAUGGGCGCCGCAUGUUCCCUUACUGCCGAUAUCGCCUGGCUGGCCUAGAUCCUGAGCGGCAGUACAGUCUGGUCCUGUCCAUAGUUCCAUCGGACCAGUACAGGUACCGCUGGAGCACAUCCAAAUGGGAGAUCACUGGAGCCGCAGAACACCAGGCCCAAGGUCUGCUCCGAGCAUUUUCUCACCAUUACUCACCCUGUCGAGGCUCAGAGUGGAUGGGUGGCUUGGUGUCCUUCUACAAACUCAAACUGACCAAUAAUUCCCAAGAUCAGGAUGGUCAUAUAAUCCUACACUCAAUGCAUCGCUACAUUCCUAGGCUACAUGUGAUACCUGUCCCAGAUGGUGACGCUCCCACACCUAACCAGCCUGUGGUUAUGGGAGCAGAAUGCAUGACCUUUACUUUUCCACAAACUGAAUUCAUGGCUGUGACGACUUAUCAGAACUUUCGGAUCACUCAGCUGAAAAUUAGUCAUAAUCCAUUUGCAAAAGGCUUCAGGGAGGACGGAAACAACCCCCGCCUAAACAGGGUCACUACCGAGGCUCAACCUGUGGUGAAGACGGACACUCAGCCUUUGAAAUUAAAAUGUGCUGAACUCAACGGAAACACAGAGGGGGUUGUGGAUCUGAGCACAAAGAAUCACACCAUCUCUUCUUCCCUCUCAAAUGAGAUAGAGACCAGACUGGUCCUGAAGCCCAUAAUGUCUGCCAAUGCCACUAAGGACGAGCCAUAUGUCCCCUGUAUAAGAGGCAAGCAUGCCCUUGGUGAGCUUGUGCUUGUCCAAAAACGUCCACUUGUGGAACCCAACGAAGAAACCCAUGCCGCCAGUCUAACCCCUAAGGUGCAGCGGGGCUUCAAAGAAACGCCUACAGCAAUAUCCAUGACUCGCCCUUUCGCAACGGCCACCCCGGGAUCAUCACCUGAGCACCGCAAGAGGAAGAAGAGGAUCAACAGACGUUGGGCGAAUUCGCGGGGAAGAGAGUGGAAAGCUGCGGCUGUCAGCCCAGCGGUCGUCCACAGUCCAUCAUUGGCUGUCGCUAUGCAACCAGAGCUGGAUGAUGUAGAAGGCAUGCUGUUUGUGUCAUUCACCUCAAAGGAAGCACUUGAAGUUCACGUCAGGGACAUGCCACCCAAUAGCAAAUCAUCAGCAUCUCCAGUUUCCUUAACGACGCCGAUUCACUCAAAGCAAACAAUGGUGGUGACUCAAGAGACUGAUGAGGAGAAGAUAGUCCGCUUGGAGGCCAUCUUGCUGCAGGACCUCCGAGUUCUCAAACACAGACAGGGCAUCCAUCCUGUGCUGCAGGAGGUGGGGCUGAAGUUGAGCUCCCUAGACCCAACCAAGUCCAUCGACCUGCAGUAUCUUGGGGUUCAUCUACCACUACCUCCCCCAAACCUACCAAAACAAGGCAAUGCCACUUCUCUGACUCCUGGUGAUGAGGGAUUACCCUUCAUUUCACGGACAGGGAAGACGAGUGACAUGACAAAAAUAAAGGGAUGGAAAAGCAAGUUCAUGAGAAACAAAGAAUCGUCUCCUUCUAACUGUGAUGGAUCACAAAAGAACCUAUCUGCCUUCUGCAGCAACUUGUUGGAUGAGUACUUGGAAAGCGAAGCUCAGUAUAUUAGUGAGCGUGCUGCUGCAUUCUCAACAAACCCAGAGGGCUCUGUGGCCUAUCAGAUGCCUGCUAAAAGUGCCAGCUACGUAAAGACCCUGGACAGCGUACUCAAGCAUCAAAACGCUGCUUCCAAAUCCACAGCGGGGGCCAACAGACCGUGCCCCCUUUCCCACAAGCCCCUCCUCUACUCUGUCCUGGCGUCGCCAUUUCCACCUCUGGCCAGCCCUGCGACGGCUGUUCAGGCAGCAGCUCAGUCCGUACAGCCAUCUGCAUCUUCACAUACACAGCCAGUGUCAAAGGCUGCUUCUGAGUCAAGUUACACUAGUUCUGUUCCACAGCGAUUAUCUACACACCACCCAGGGGUCAGCCAGAGACCAGCAGUGAGCUCUGGGCAGAGCCAAGGGAUGACACACAGACCUUCAGGCGUCACUAAGUUACAGUUUAAACUGUUGCUGAUGGAGAUUGCAGCCCAAAAUAUGGGCCUGAGCAGAACACAGCUGACUCCAGACAGGCUGUCAGUGGCGCUGUCUGUAAUGCUGACAAAACAGAUGCUGCCCAGUCAGGUCUUGAAAGUAGCCCCGUAUCCAGCAUCUAAAGCUGAGGGACAUGAAUGUGGUCAGGAGUUCUGCAGGCUGGGCUGCGUGUGUUCCAGUCUCCAGCAUUCGAACAGAGGUCCUCUCCACUGCCGGCGGCCUGACUGCAUGUUUGGCUGUGCAUGCUUCAAAAGCAAGAUCACCAAGCAGAUGACCGCGCAGGAGGAUGAGCAACACAUUGAACCUCUUUACUCUAUGACUAAUAUGGAACAUGUGGUCCAGCCUCGCCCAGGCUCCCAUGCUAAUAAACUGUGGAACCGCAACAUUCAUGAUGUAGAUCCAGAGCCACUCUUCGCCCCCAAAAGUGCUCCUCUGUGUUUGGUCCCUUUAAAGUUCCAGAAACGCAGCAGUGUACCUCGUCCAACUCAACCGAUCCGAGAAGAGGAUAAGGAUCCGGUGUAUAAAUACUUGGAGAGCAUGAUGACAUGUGCACGUGUAAGAGAGUUCAACAGUAAGCCGCCUCCUGAACUCACCAUAGAGCCCAAGAUCCCUGAAACCUCUACACCAAACACCAAAGCAAAACUGCAGGAGACAACCACUGAUAACCUGCCAAAAAAGUACAACAGGACUCUACUGACUGUUAAAAAAGCAGCAGAAAAUACUUCUCAGGGAACGAAAUCCAAUGAAACACAAGCGAGAAAGCAAAUAGAGAUCCAGUCGGCAUGUCAGUGGGACAAGGACAGCAAAAUGGUCCUUGAAGCUUUAUGUCAGCGCAUGAAUCAGAAUAGGCUGUCUCAGCGCUUCUGGGUAGGACCGUACCACAUCCGCCCGGUCGCCAAGAUUUUCAUGCGGAAGCCCAGCGGUGCCAUGGUCACAUACAGGGUACACAUCAGUAAACCAUCAAAAACCAGUGAUAAUGAUGGAGACGAGUUUGAUGACAGCGGUGAGGAAAGGCAUGCCAAUAAAAACCUUGGUGAGGACAUUGAAGCUGAAGAGGAAGAUGGGAAAAUUGAAGAGCCAGAGAUGCAGUUUGGAGUCACACCCUUCUUGAGUGGAGUGUUACCUGCUGGCAGACUGAAAGCCAGGACCAAACCUGUUGACUGCCGAGCAUAUGGACUUAUACAGGUAAAUGGCAAAUCUUACAAUCAGGCCAGACUGUUGCUGGGGAACAUGGGAUCUCUACAUCCAGCCAACCGCCUUGCAGCAUACGUCACAAGCCGACUGCAUGCGCCCGCCGACAUUUCUCAAGGAAACUCUCAGAAAUCAGACCCUACAAACAAAAUCAACACUCCUGAUGCUCUGCACAUGAAGGCUGCUGGCACACUAGCUCCUCCAAUUAUAACUGCAAGGAAAACCACUGAUCUGAAGACACCAACACAACAACCAGUUCAGCUAUUCCAGACAGACUCUUGGAGAAAAGGACCCAUCACUUUGCCACAGAAUUCACAGAACUCCACUUCUAUCCACCCUGUCCAGACUUUUGUUUCAGGCCAGCGCAGCUCAGUCAGCUCCUUCCAGAACAGCUCCACAUCCUCACCUGUCUCUCUCACCGUCUCGCCAGCACUCAAAACCCCCAGCUUCUUAGGACAGAGUGGAACCUAUUCAUUCAGGAUCUGCCCUCCAGCUAACCAGGGCACCAGAGACCAGAACCUACCAGGAGUUACCCUGCCUGGGGGCUUCACCCUCAUUCAACUCCCUAAGCCUGGAGCUGCACAACAGUCCGUGCGCAACAGUGUGAACACUACAAAUAUGGCUGGUAGGGAUAAAGGCCUGGUACAAAAAGACGCUUUGUAUAAUUCUGGCCACUUCACAGCUAAUUCAGAUACAAACUGGCUUGGUGUGGACACGUUAACUGGAGCUAAGGACCUGUCAAGCAGCAGACAAGUGGAACCUGGAUCCUCCCCUGAGCUGGUGUGUGAAGAGAAGAUGCCAUCUGAUGAGAUUGAUGAAGCUAACUGCAGGCGGGUGGAAUCAAACCUGGAUAUCACUUCAGAGGACUUAAGCUCUGACUACUCAGACGACUGUGGCGAGGGUGACGAAGAUGAUGAGGUAGUGGACAUUGAGACCGUAGAAGAAGUAAGACAAGGACUGGCCAUCGCCAAAAUGAAAGAAGCUGCCAGCAAGGCUUUACGGGAGUCACGAGAUUCCAGUGAAGGCUUUGGAUCAACAAGGGGACUCGAAAUCCAGCUCUCCUCAUUCCAGGAUCAAAUGGAGGAUAUACACGAUGAGUGUAAGGAUAAAAGGAGGCGAAAGAACCACACGGUGCUAGAAAGGCAAAGACGCUCUGAGCAGCGGACCCUCUUCGACAAACUCCAGACUGUCCUUCAGAGUGACCCCAGGGCCCCUAGGCUCCGCCUCCUCUCAUUGGCCCUAAAAGAAAUCCAAAAUCUGGUUGAGACCUCCAGACAUCUGGAGGAGAAGAAGAGGAGGCUGACAAGGAUGCAGUCUGUCUAUGUAAAGGAGCUUUCCCUCUUGUCUGGGAAGUCUGAUACGCUGAUUAAACACAAACUGAAGGAGAUCUGUGAGAGGCAGAAAAUUAAAGAAAAGACGAUGAAGUGGAGGCCUUUCUUUUCCCAGUUACUCCAGUCCAGAGCUGCUUUGCUGCAAGCCAUUACACCCCAGUCCAAGCCCCAGCCCAGGGCCCUGUUACAGCCUGACUUCUUCAUGACUCCAUCUGUGGCUCUCCCACACACGACUGCAGCCCAAAACAGUUUAAAGUCACCCAUGCCCACACCAGCAGUGUCCUCUGAAGGUCUGGUUGAUGUCACUGCACCCUCACCACAGGCAGGGAACCUGCCAGGUGAACCUGUGGCCUCAGUCCAAGUCGGUCAACGUCAGCCUAAGUUUGAGGGCCAACAGGAGAUACCUGGGGCCCCAGCCCAGUUUAGUACGCCCAAUUCCCAAACGGAGUGUCAUCCUCAAAUACCCUCAGUGGCAGCUACAAUUCACAGCACCGUAGCCCAGGAUGGAGCCUCAGCUAUAUUCUCAACACCCAAUUCCAGUAACUCAUCUGCUCACCCUCCACAGUCCUUUGCUCUUCCUCUGAUUCGCUCCAAGACCGGCAGAAUAAUUCUUCCCUCAUCUCUGAAACCAAUUGGUCAAGGCUUCUAUACACUGAUGUUUAUGAAAGCCAAGCAGAACGAAGAGGAGGCUGAGUGUAGCUCCUCAGCUAAUGUGCAGCCUUCUGAUGUGGACUCGUUCAAUAACCAAGAGAAAGGUUUUACUGAGUCUGACCACCAUUCAGACUCAGAACGCAGACGUAUUUUGGAGGACAAAACUGUACAAUCCUCAAACUCUGAACCAAAUCGUUCAGGUGGAACAGCGCCCCUGGCUGAGCUUGCCCUCCUUAACAAAUCAAUCUUUGUGCCUUCUGUGGCUCUGCAAGCUGUGGAGAACAGCCAGAAGGAGGGCACAGUGGUGGGUUUGAACAAAACACUGGCAACUGCCGGCAUGGCUUUUAACCAUGUGCGUCAGAUUGAUGCCUCUGUUAAGCUGGAGCCUGAUCCUAGCGCUCCUGCAGUCCGCCGCCGCAGAGGCAGGCCUCGAAAGAACCCCAUCACUCCUGUUAGUGAAAAUGAAAAACGUACUUUGGUAGAGGACACCAGUGAAAGUGAAACAUCUAUUCUAGUUGGAGAGAGACAAAGUGAGGUGAUCAAGACACAAGCUGAGGACACCCCAGAAAGGGUUAUUGACAACCCUGUGCCAGUCAAACGAGGCAGAGGAAGGCCUCCGAAGAAGAAGUCUGCACAACUGUGGAGUCCUGCAAUUGUGCUAGCAGGAAGUAGUCCAUCUAAAUCCAACGAGGACAGCCCUGUGAGGCUCUCUCGCCAUUUUAAAAGCCCUGAUGCUAAACCCAAGGAAAGUUCAGCUGCAACCAUCUUGCAUGAACAUAUGACAACAUCGCGGCCUUUAACCCGAGGUUCUUUAGGAAAGGACUUCCCCAGCGCCAAGAAACGCUCCUGGAUAGACAUCGAAAAGGAACUGGAACCAGAACUUGAAUCUGAAUAGUCCUUGUGUCUUCCUUUCACCACAAAAGCCAAUGCACACAGUCAUGUGACCUCAGUUAGUCUCAGAGCUUGAUGCUGGUCCUUUCUGUUCCUGUUGAUCAGAUCAUCAAAACUCAGUGGCCUUUUUUUAUACUAUAGAGAGAGAGUUUUGGUAUAAAGAAUAUAAGAGAAAGGCAUUAAUUGACCUGCUGAAUGUAUGAAUGGUAUCUCCCACAUUCACUUUUGAUAUUAAUGUAUUUUACUUUUCAAAGAUUAUAUACACAUUUAUUCUAUAACUGUCACCUACAUUCAUGUUUACUUCUCGUCAGAAAGAGGAUAUUGAGAUUUAUUCAAAUUAUGUUUGUUGUUGAAGUAAUUCAUUACCAAUCUAUCUUAUGCAAAUUAAAAUAAAACUGUACAGAUUGUGUAAAUCCAAUAUGUUAAGCCUUGCAGUGUAAGUCAAAUAUCUGUGUCUUGAGUUGGAUCAGACUUAUACAUUGCUGCAUUAACUCACUAAAAUGUAAAUGUUAACUUAUGUUUUUCCAUUUUUACUGAGACGUAGCUCAUGAUCUUCCCUUUUUUGAAAAUCUUGUUUUCCAUUACUAACUCAGUGAAAAUCAUCUGUAGUUGCACUUUAUGUUUUUGGUAGAAACCACCCAUGAUGUCUGAUGCCUUUGCUUUAGUCUGCAUAGUAACAGUAGUGAUCUGGGUUCUUCAGUAAUAUGAAUUUAAACCAGAUGUGUCGCAAGCAAUCAAGACAAAAGCUAUUAGCCAUAAAUUGUAUCUAUGAAAAUAACUUCUGUGAAUAUUGUAUUUCUUUUUUAAUUCCACAACAUUUACUUUGUGGAGGAUUUUGAAACACUGGGUGUCCUUUUACUUAAGUUUGAUUGAAAAUGUGAGAAAUCAUGUGACCUUUAAAAUCAAUAAAAUUUAAUAUGGCAAACUUUC